ACUGGAACCGACUGACAUGAAAAUAUCAGAAUCUAGUGAAAAUGAUCUUCAAGAAAUACAAGGGAGCUUUUUCAUCAGCGAUGCCAAAACUACAGAACAAGAACUGAAUGAUAAAGAAAUCUGUGAAAAAGAAGAGGGCAAUCCAGUGGAUUAUAUGGAUAAAGAAGUGUUCCCAGUGCUCCUUCCCUGUCUGGAGAAAAUGCUUUUUGCAGCAAAGGAACAUGAUGUGUUGAAGAUACAAAAGUCUCACUUCAACGGUCUCGACUACUUGGCUGAACUUCUGUGGAACUGUAACCCUCUCCAUCCAGAGCGACAAGGCUCUUAUGUUUCUAUAUUUGACAUUCCUUUUGUUCAGAAACAUCUUGAGGAAAACCCCAGACCAGCCAUGCCUCAGUCUUGGGUGUGGACGAGAGAGCAGGCAGCUGUUGUGAUACAAGCCGCAGUUAGAGGAUAUCUGGUGCGUCGUCUGCCAGAAGUUCAGGAAAUGCGCCAGUUUUGGAGGACUCUGGCUGGUGAAAAACGUCAAGAUAAACUACCACAACCUGUACUGGGGCUGGGAGAAGAUGAUACAUCCAACAAAUCAACUGGAAUCAAAAUAGUAGAAUCAAACCUUUCAUUUUAUAGCCAGUAUUUAAAUGAAAAUUCCUAGAUGUAUUUUCUUGUCUUACCGGUAUUUUUUUAAGAUCAGA